GCUGGGCACCAUCGCAGAGGUGGACCUGGGCAUGGCCCCCCCGGUGAUGAAGAGCUUCAAGGAGUUCCUGCUGUCCCUGGACGACGCGGUGGACGAGACGGAGGCCGUGAAGCGCUACAACGACUACAAGCUGGACUUCCGGCGGCAGCAGCUGCAGGAAUUCUUCCUGGCACACAAGGAUGAGGAGUGCUUUGCCCUCCGGACCCGGGAAGCCCCCCCUGGAGAGCGGCAGGGGGUGUGGGGGGGCCGGCGCCGGCAGGAGGCCCAGGCGGCGCUGCGGAACCGCCUGGGGGUGUUCCUGUACCUGUCCGAGCACGGCUGGUUCGACAACCUCCUGCUCGACAUCGACAGGGCCCCCCAGAUCGUCAAGACCCUCGACGCAGCCGUGAUCAAGAUGGAGGGGGGCUCGGAGCACGACCUGCGCAUCCUGGAGCAGGAGGAGGAGGAGGAAAGGGCCGACAAGGCCGAGGGGCCCAAGAAGGAGGAGCCGCGGCCGCCGGAGCCGCCGGGGAAGGGACCCCCCGAGGCCGACGAGCCCCCCAAGGUCGGGGUUUGGGGGAAGGGGG